AUGAAAUGCUUCCUGUGCGACAGCGAGGUCCUCCCCACACUGAACACAUUCAUCGUGUUAGACACAGUCAUACAACUGUUAAAAGAAAGUAAACGUGGGGGCAGCAAAGAGAAACGGGGGAAGAAGAAGAAAAAGGCCCUCUACUUAACGAACAGAAUUAUGAUGGAAAAUUUCCCCCCAAAUUUUAACUUCAUAUGGGGAUACCUAAAUGGGCAGCUGCAUCACCAGGAGGGGAAGCAGCUCCCACAGGGGGGAGGAGAGCUGUGCAACAUGGGGGAAGAAGGUGAAUUAGAUGAACCCCAUGAGGAGAGAAGAAACUCCUUCGAGCACACCACCCAGUGGAGCAUCCACAAAGUAAAAGACAUUAAAAAGGGCACAGUAAAGAGAGUAACUCACUUCGAACCCCUAACGAAGGAACAUCUGAGCGUAGACCAAUUUAAGCAGAUCCUAGGCGACAUACACAUCAAGUAUAUCGAAAAGGAGAAGGAGGAGGAGAAGGAGAAAACUCUGACCGAAGCGCUAUACAAUCUGAAUAAGCAAAAGGAAUACAGCCUGGUGAUUGUAAAUUUAGCACUCCUUUUCGUAAAGGAUAAAAAAAAAAUAAACAUAUAUGCUGAAAAUUUUUCUUCGCAUUAUGUGGAUGGGAGGGCAAAGCAUACUUACGGGGAUAGCCUGAACAACACGAACGAGAACCCCUUUCCACCUCGGAAUAGAAAUAAUUUUCAAAGUAUGCUCAUGGAGAGGGAGAUGUAUGACGUGCCCUUCUUUAAGAGCAUCCUGAGUUUUCACUUCUGCUACUCCUUUUUGGUCAAUUUUGACGAAUACUUAAACCACGACGGGGAGGGAGUGGGGGGACCAUAUAAGGAUAGGGAUGCACAGUGUGGUACUAGUAGGGGCGAACUCGCCAUUGGGAGAAGGCACACUUACCGCGUGCGUGGAAGAACCCAUCAUCGAAACGCUGAAACAACGGACAGAUUGCCCCCAAGUGAUCGGCGAACUAUUGCGACGAGAUUGAAUCAGAAUCACAACCUUUUGGAAAAACAUUCCGUGAGUAGGAAGCGAAAAUUGGGGGAGAUGGCAGGGGGUGAAUUGCUCAGUGGGGGCUACUCCUCCGGUGCGUCGCUUGGUGACAGGGAGUGGAGCGCCCCUGAGGAGGGAAGCACAACUGAUGCCGCUCCGAGUGACGGCUCAGACCGGGAAAGGCACCCCCACGUGGAACACCCCAAUCUGGGCCACCUGCGCAACUUAUCCGACUUAUCCAGCCUGUCCAACGACGACCCCCGCCUCGAACACAUGCCGAGGGAGGGCAACACUCAUGCAAAGUACUUCCUGACCCCGCGGAAGAAAAAGAAAAAAAAAGGAAACAAAAAACAUCUAUACAUCUUUGACGUAGUCCCCAAAUCUGAUCAGUAUAAAAAAAUUUACCUCAACAUGUUAUCCUUGUAUUGCGAUUGCGUCUAUUUGAUCUCGUGA